UAUUCUGUCCCCUGGACGGCCAGACCCUCCUGGCAAUCCCCACGGCUCCCCCUCCUCCGUACCCCGAACUUCAUCCCAAACCCAAACCUCCUCAGUCCUCACCUCCUCGCUUCGCACCGCGGCACCGCCCACCAAAAUGAUGAAGUCCCUCUUCCUCUUCUCCGCCCACCCCAAGCCGCCCCUGCCCCUCCUCCCCUCCCCCAACCUCCGCAAGCUCCUCCGCCUCCGCGCCUCCUCCUACUCCAGCGCCUCCACCUCGUCCCGUCCUCGCCCGGCUCGCAGCUCCCCAGGGCCCGCCCGCCCCCGCCAGCCCUCCUCCCUCUACGCCCGCCCGAGUCUCCUCGACAUGGAGCGCGACCGCGCCGCCCGCCGCGCCGACGUCGACGCCUUCCUCGUCUCCCUCGGCGUCGACCCGGGGGAGCUCGCUGGCCUCGAGCUCCCCGCCACCGUCGACGUCAUGCGGGAGCGCGUCGAGUUCCUCCGCUCCCUCGGACUCGAGCCCGAGGACCUCGCCGCCUACCCGCUCGCGCUCGGCUGCAGCGUCCGCAAGAACAUGGUCCCCGUCCUUGACUACCUCGGCAAGAUCGGCGUCCGCCGCAACGAGCUCCCGCAGCUGCUCCGCCGCUACCCGCAGGUGCUCCACGCCAGCAUCGUCGUCGACCUCGCUCCCGUCGUCAAGUACCUCCAGGGGAUGGACGUCAGGCCCGGCGACGUGCCGCGCGUGCUCGAGCGCUACCCGGAGCUCCUCGGGUUCAAGCUAGAGGGCACCAUGAGCACGUCUGUUGCCUACCUCGUCGGCAUUGGCGUGACCAGGCGGCAGGUCGGCGCCGUCAUCACCCGUUUCCCUGAGGUGCUCGGCAUGCGGGUGGGGAAGAUCAUAAAACCUUUCGUCGAACACCUUCAGGGCAUUGGGCUGCAGAGGCUGGCUGUUGCAAGAAUUAUUGAGAAGAAGCCGUAUGUCCUUGGGUUUGGGUUGGAGGAAAGGGUGAAGCCUAAUAUUGAGGCGCUUCUAGAAUUUGGGGUUAGGAAAGAGGCGCUGGCAUCCAUUGUGAUACAGUACCCUGAUAUUCUUGGAAUUGAGCUCAGAGAGAAACUUGUUGCGCAGCAGAGCUUGUUCGAAUCAAACAUUUUGGUCAACCAUGAUGAUUUUGGAAGGGUGAUCGAGAGGAUGCCACAAGCCAUAAACCUCGGGCGAGCUGCAGUUCUAAAGCAUGUUAACUUCCUCACAGCUUGUGGUUUCUUGCUCUCUCAGGUGAGCAAGAUGGUCGUGGCGUGUCCUCAGUUGCUCGCAUUGAACAUGGAUAUAAUGAAGAUGAACUUCGAGUACUUUCAGAAUGAAAUGGAGAGGGAUUUGGAGGAGCUGGUUGAGUUCCCUGCAUUCUUUACUUAUGGCCUCGAAUCGACUGUAAGAUAUCGGCAUGAGAUUGUGGCUAAGAAGGGAUUCACAUGCUCUCUUGCAUGGCUGCUUAACUGUUCUGAUGCGAAAUUUGAUGAGCGCAUGAAGUAUGAUACAAUUGGGGUUGAGGAAAUGGAAGCUGAGAAUUCCUUUGACACAAAUAGGUUUGUGGAGAAAGUACAAGAUGAGGAUGACGAAGAUGUGGACGAGGAUAGCGAUUAUGAUGACAGCGAUGGUGAUGAGUUCAUUGAAUAAUUUGCUUCUAGCGUCAACUAUCUACUGUUAGCUCACAAACUUGCAUUUGUUUCUUAAGCUGGAUGCUCUGUUGUAUAUGAUGCAGUAGUCAGUAGAUUGUCAUUUUUGAAGGAUGUGAUUGAUAAAACCUGUAAACCAAAUGCUGGAUAUAAUCAAAUGGUAGCUUAGAGGUCCAAUAUAUUCAGAUGUUCCUAAAUCUUGUUUGUUUGGCAGUGUGAUGAUGUAGCAUUCGUCUUUGUUACGGACAAAUUUGACAUUUCUAAUGGAAUAUUACUAACUGGGUAUUUUCUCA